CCCGCGUCGCGGUUCAGGCAGUGCGCGCCACUCCUUCGUCCAGGCAGGACGUGCGCUCGAGCCCGGCCGAGCAGAGGCCAACGGGAGCCGUGCCAAGCCAAGGCCAGCCGUGCCCAGCGGCUCCGCGGCCCGGGCAUCUUCUGCCUUCUCUUCGCUCCCACUGGGAAUCGCGCUCCUUGCGCCCACACAGCAGCCCUUGCAGCGCCGGGACCCUCGGGCACCACUGCCGGAUAGCGCUUGCUGCCGAGACUGUCUAGGAGGGAGGGAGUGAAGAAGAAAUGUUUUGCUCAAGCCAACAUGCCCAUCACUCGGAUGCGCAUGAGACCCUGGCUAGAGAUGCAAAUUAAUUCCAACCAAAUCCCAGGGCUGAUCUGGAUUAAUAAAGAGGAGAUGAUCUUCCAGAUCCCAUGGAAGCAUGCUGCCAAGCAUGGCUGGGACAUCAACAAGGAUGCCUGCCUGUUUCGGAGCUGGGCUAUUCACACAGGCCGAUACAAAGCAGGGGAAAAGGAGCCGGAUCCUAAAACAUGGAAGGCCAACUUUCGCUGUGCCAUGAACUCCCUGCCAGAUAUUGAAGAGGUGAAGGACCAGAGCAGGAACAAGGGCAGCUCAGCUGUGCGGGUGUACCGGAUGCUCCCACCUCUCACCAAGAACCAGAGGAAAGAGAGAAAGUCCAAGUCCAGCCGAGAUGCUAAGUGCAAGGCCAAGAAGAAGUCAUGUGGGGAAUCCAGCCCUGAUACCUUCUCUGAUGGACUCAGCAGCUCCACCCUGCCUGAUGACCACAGCAGCUACACAGCUCAGGGAUACAUUGGGCAGGACUUGGACAUUGAACAGGCCCUUACUCCAGCACUGUCACCGUGUGCCAUCAGUAGUACUCUCCCCGAGUGGCGCAUCCCAGUGGAAAUUGUGCCAGACAGCACCAGCGACCUGUACAACUUCCAGGUGUCACCCAUGCCCUCUACCUCUGAAGCUGCAACAGAUGAGGACGAGGAGGGGAAAUUAACUGAGGACAUCAUGAAGCUCCUGGAGCAGUCAGGGUGGCAGCAGACAAACGUGGAUGGGAAGGGGUACCUGCUUAAUGAACCUGGGGCCCAGCCCACCACUGUCUAUGGAGACUUCAGCUGCAAGGAAGAGCCAGAAGUUGAAAGCCCUGGGGGGUAUACUGGGCUGAUAUCUUCAGAUCUGAAGAACAUGGACACCAGCUGGCUGGACAACCUGCUGACCCCAGUCAGGCUGCCCUCCAUCCAAGCCAUUCCUUGUGCACCGUAGGCGGGCCUUUGGCCCCCUUUUAGUCCUCUAGGUGAGCAGGACCUGGCAUCAUGGUGGCUGUGGUGCAGAGAAGCAGGACUCCUGUGGCCUCUUGACAUGACAAAGUGUGACCCCACUGCUGACCGGGGAUGGGGCCAGUUUCCUUGGAACAAUGGCCUCUUGGGGACUGGCAAGCCAGAUCUGGACUCAUGUUGUGGGGUAAAGCUGGCCUUGUCUCCUGGGAAGAUGGGCUUCUGAGAGUGGUGUGUCAGGAAGAGGUCUCAGACAGGAGUCAGCCUCCAGCUCUUCCCUCUGAGCCCAGCUGCCUGGAGACGGUCUUGCUGUCACUGAGCUGGCCCAAGGGAAUGGACCAUUGACCUCAGAAAAGCACAGCACCAACCCCAGGGUUGGCUCUGCACUAAGAGACGAUUGCACUAAGUGAAUCCUGUUCCCAAAGAUUCGCCUCCCUUCUUAGCUGAGCCUUGGGGACUGUUCCAAAGCCAGAGAAAUGUGAAGGAAGAAUGGGGUCCUGUGGGACAUGUCCCCUCUGCCUCAGAGGAGCUCUGCCCUGCUCCCUGCUUGGGCUGGGGGGCUUGUGAAAAAACAUGGCACUUUUCUUGUGGACGCUGCCACAUUUUUGAUCAGAGGUGUACACUAAUGUUUUCCCCAAGCUCUAGCCUUUGCAUUUAUUUAUACAGUGCCUUGCCCUAUACCCACCUGCCCCUUAAACAGGCCCCAGCAGCCCCUCAGCAGACCCAGGGAGGCAAGUGUGAGCGCCUUGGUGUGACUUUUAAAAUUGGAAAUGUCAUCUGACCACUAAGUCGUGUGCGACCACACAUGUAUAUGUGUGUAAAUAUGUACAUUUGUCUUUUUAUAAAAAGUUAACUGUUUAUAAGGGGUGUGGCCCUUUAUUUAGAAAUAAAUUGUAGAUGAUUUUA